UUGCGUCGUGGAUGUACUGAACUUUGACCUUCAGUUAUUGCAGACAGGCUAAUUCAUGGCAUCUAGCACGCGUUGAUGGAUUGCAAAACCUUUAAAUUGCCGGAAACUCAUUGCAUAGCUUCAUUCUAAGGUAUAUAUUCAAUUGAAGAAGACUAACACCACCAAAAAAUUUAUAAACAUUGUGUGCGUGUAUAAACAUCACAAAAAAAACUUGCAAGAGCAAAUAUUGGAAAGAUUAUUUUGGAAAAAAAAGAAUGCUGGGUAGAAAAUUGACCGUUCAUCAUUCCGUCUUCCCAACGCAUAAUGGCGUACUAUCUCAUGUGUUUGCCUUCCUUGUUAUGGUUGCAUUUGUGUUGACUACAAGCUCUGGUAAAACAAACAGUGACUUUUCGAUAACGACGAAGAAUAUUGUUCACUUUAUUCAUCUUUUUUCAUUCUCCACAUGGGUGGGAAUUCAAUGUUGGGUCCAUGUUUCAGGUUUUACUCUUUACAAGACGUUAAAAAGAACUGAUUUUGUAGCUGUGCAGAGCAAGUUAUUCCCCAUGUACUUUAAAGCUGGCUUUUUCUUGAGUUCCAUCGCUCUUUUAACACAUAUUGUCAGCACUGACUUAUCCUGGCAAAAUGACAGAGUAACUUUUUAUCAGACCCUUGGUUUAAUGGUUUCCCUUGCGUGUUGCCUGCUUAAUUUAUGCUAUCUUGGACCACGUACCAUACAAAUUGUUCAAGAGAGGGCUGCACGUGUUAAAGCUCUUGGAAUUAAAGACGGCGUUGGUCGCGUUUGUCUCAACCUUGUUAAAAACGAUACAGAGUACAUGAGGAUAAGAAAAUCUUUUCUUUUUUUACACAUGUGGUGCUCUUUGGUUAACUUAUUCUGCUAUGGAGCAUGUGGAGUAAAUAUCUGGUGCUUGACCACAAAACAUGCUUUGCUUUGACACGUGAAGAUUGUUGGGAAAAUUGUAAUAUAAACCAGGUGUUUGACUUUGAUAGGAGAAAAACAUUUUUACAAGUCAAACUGAACAAUGGAAGAUUUUAUGGUGCAUGCAUGUUGUAUUUAUAAAUCUCUUUAAUGAGAUGAAUAGUUUUUUAGAAACAAGUUUUCAAAUAGCUUAUCAUAGUUGAAAUUAAUUUAUUUUAUAAAUGAUAUUUGGGUAAUCGAAAAAUUAUAAAAUGUUGUAUGUCACGAUUGUCAUGUUGUAUAUACAAGCGGUACUACUGUAUAAGUUAUUGGACAGAUUAUGAGCAAGAGUCAAUGUGAAUCAAUGUAUUAAAUAGUUCAAACUUGAA